GCGGCCCGUCACAUCGCCUUGUAGGGUACCCGCGGAAGGUUGUACGACGUGUGCUCUCUCACACACUCCCUCUGACUCGCUCUCGCAUUCCUCUGACAACGUAACACCCCGAUCCUAAACCCCACCCACUCCUAGCUCCUCUGCGACGUUAGGGAGCGACACGGAUUCAAGGCAGUGCUGUUGGGAGGAGUUGAAACGGACUAGGCCCUCAAAAAGCGACCCGGUGCAAAGGAAAGGCGAGGAUGGUGGUAUAGCGGGUCCCAAAGUGAAGAGAAAGUGCGUAAAUACCUUCAUCUUGCACUGGUAGAACGGAGGAACGAACACAGGAACGAGAAACAACACAAACCGCAAAACUGAACGAGCGAGUGAGUCAGUGAGUCAGUGAGUGAAGGAAGGAACCAACAAGCGGACGGUCGUUCAGUUAGCUUUGUGCUGUGGUGUUAGUGUGUGUGGUGUUGGUGCUGUUAGUGGUGCUCUGUAGUGGUGUUCUGUGGUGUGUGGUGCUGCCCCGUGUGUGGGAGGGUAUCAGAAUGGCCUCCAAGCUCCGUCGCCCACCUCUCUUCGGCCUGGACAACCCGCUCGGGAUCCCGGUUCUCCCCAAGUAUUCGUCCGCGGCCUGCAAGUGCUCCCCGGCAGCCCCAAAGACCAGCGCCACCACUACCUCCAACAACAACAAUAACAACAACAACAACAUCAAUCAUCACCACCCCUCCUCCUCCUCCUCCUCCUCCUUCACCCACUCCUCUUCCUCCGCCGUCAGAAAGGCUCACCCGCCCCCCGUGCCGCCCCGCCCCGCUAAGGUACGUCAAUGAAGCAACACCUGUACU